AUGCCAUCCUGGUCAGAGUUGGAGAAACUUCCGUAUCUCAGCGCAGUGAUUAAGGAGCUUCUUCGGAUCGCGUUUGGUGGCGUUGAACGCCUCCCUCGUAUCAAUAAACAUGGGAUAUGGACAUACGGAGACUGGGAGAUCCCCGCGGGAACCCCCGUGGGUAUGGAUCAGUUCCACAUGCACAUGAAUGAAGACUUAUACCCUGACCCGAUGGCUUUCCGGCCCGAGCGAUGGCUGGGGAACCCCAGGAGCCCCAGCGGUGAGAAGCCCUUGACGCAUUACCUGACGACAUUUGCGAAAGGCACGCGCAUGUGCACAGGCCUUAACCUAGCAUAUGCAGAAAUUUUUGUCGGGCUAGCCACUAUUUUCCGGCGACAUGAUUUUGAACUGUUCGAGACGAGUAGGCGGGAUGUGGAUUUUUACGCGGAGAACCUCAAGGCGUCGCCGUGGCCGGGAAGCAAGGGGGUUCGUGUUUUGGUGAAAGAACUAAAAUAA